GGAAACCUAAACUUACUGCUGUUUCUUUUUACAACAAGUAUUAACGAUAUCCAUCGAAACACGAUUUUGUUGGACUCUACAACAAUAUGAAGAGCACUUUCAACGUCCCUCUGUGUUUGCUAAUGACGUUCGGUGUGUUUGUUGAAACAGAUGGAGCGAAGUUAGUGUCAGUGAUGGAGGGAGAUUCUGUCACUCUAAACCCUGAUCUUACUCAACUGCAGAGAGUUUAUAAGAUACUGUGGACGUUUGGAGCUCAAGGAUCUACCAUUGUUGAAGUCAACAGAAAUUACAAUAUAUAUGAAUCUGAUAUGAUGUUUGCAUUCAGAGUGAAUGUGAACCGGAAUGCUUCUCUUACCAUCAGAAACAUAAGAACUAGUCACUCUGGACUUUAUGUAGCGAAGAUCAGCCACAGCACUGGGACAUCAUACAAGAAAUUUGGUGUUAUUGUCUAUGAGUCUCCAUCAGUUAUUGAUGCUGGUGAGGCUGAAAUUAAGAGCAUGUCAGUGAGGAAGGGAAAUCCUGUCACUCUUGAGACUUUUCCUGAAGUAUUUGGAUAUGAGCUAAUGCUGUGGGGGUUUGGAGAUGAAGGAAUUCUCAUAGCCAAAUAUGAUACAGAGGCCACAGUGGCCUCAUUAUACGAUGCUGUUGAUGGGAAAUUCGAGGCAGACUGCACCUGCAUCAUCAGACUGGGGCACUGACCAUCAGAAACACCAGAACCACAGACUCUGGACUUUAUCAACUGAAAAUCAUGAGUGGACAUACUUUAUACAAGAAAUUCAGUGUUACUGUCAGUGUGUAGAACCAAAAAAAAGGGUUAAAAAACCACCUCCAGAUUUAGGUCUGUCUGCUGUCAUUGGGAUAAUUGUUGCUGUUCUGCUGGUGAUAGCUGCUGCUGUGAUUUCCCAUCGCUGCAUGGUUUUUGACCAAGCAAGGCAAAUGCGUAGGACCGGUCCCAAGACAGUGUCAGUGAUGGAGAGACAACAUGUUACUCUAGUCGCUGAUGUUGUUAUAGAAGACGGUGAGCAGGUACAGUGGAGCUUUGAAGGUAAAACGAUCACAACUGGAAUGAACAGAGAUAUUAAUAAGACCUCAUAUAGUGAUGAUGAGCAAUUCAGAGACAGACUGGAGCUGCAGCAUCGAACUGCAGAUCUCUUAAUCAAAAACACCAAACCAGCGACGCUGGAGUUUAUCAACUACAGUUCACCAGCAGCAGCCGAGAAGUCAUACACCGGAAAUAUAUCGUUGUUGUCAGUGGAAACAGAGUGAACGAGUCAUCAACUGAUGUAGUGCAGAGUGAAAUGGAGAGUAUCCUGAUGGUGUGAAUGUGCCAGAGGGGGAGAGUUCAGUUUGAUAAGACCCGCCCACCAGUGUCAAUCACUGUGAUAUCAUCAACAUUUCAGCACACCUCAAAAAUGAACGUUCUCUCAUCGUUUCAGAAACAUCUUUGACCAUCCAGAACCAUAUUCAUUGUUAGUCAACACUUAUACUUUUAUUUUAAAAAUGAUGUUUCCUAUUCAGAGUUAUCUCCCCUAUGCCCUUUUCCUAUUGAAUAUAUCACUUCACCAAUCACUUUGAAAGGAUUUGGAAGUCUUAAAGUUAUGUUCACAAUUUAUGAAAUUUACUUUUGAAGUUAUUUUUAUUAAAAGUUCAGUUUUAAUGAUCUUCAAGCUUGAUUAUCACAUUGUGCUCCCUUCAAAGCACACUCCGAAAAGUUUACAUUUCUGCCGUUUUGAACACAGCCAUGGCUUUGUGCAGAACGUUGAGUUUUAUUAUUUAUAAGCAAAAAUCUUUGUUGCAACAGAAAUUUGUCACAUGUAAUAAUGGUUUUCACUUUUAUUAAAAUGUUAUCUGUACUGUACAAAUAUGUAACAUAUCAGCAGUGGUUUCAGUGUAGUGUCAAAAAAAAAAUUCAUUUACAUUUUUAAAAAAUAUAUAUUUUUACCUUUUAUUUAUACAAUUUAAUUUCUGAAAUGUAAUUUUUAUAUAGGCAAUAUAACCAAAUAAAUUAAAAUUGAUUUUAUACCAGUGUAUGACCA